CCUGUCAAUGGCAGUUUUCUAGUUUCUCCCAUCCUUUCUUGUAAAAGUUCUUUGUUUUCUUUCUUAUACUUUGCCUCUUUUCUUCGAUUGAAUUGCUGUAUAUGGUGAUAUUAUUGCCAACCAGAAACCAUGGAUAACAAAUUUCUCUAUUUUUUCAUCACACCAUUCAAAGCAUGAUGUGGCAAGGACCACAGACAAUCAUGUGAAGCAAUCAUGAAAUUCGGUGGACAGAAUGUAAGGGGAGAUUAUCAAAGUUAGGUCAUGAUAAGAUGGGAAGUGGAAACACAUGCAUAUAGGAGCUUGUAGUGCCUAUUUUCAUCCUUGUGGAAUUUCCUUUUCUUUUGAAGUUUCACCAAAUUCCUCUACUUUGAGAAAAUCCACAUGGAUCUGUGAGCUCUGUUUUGUUUUUGUCUAGCUGGCUUUGGUAUGAAAUCACUGCUGAUAACUUUUAAACAGACACGUGUCUUGUUCAUGUCUGGAGUCCAUAUGUGUUGUAUUGGCAAAUGCAGUGUGCUUAUCUAACCAGUUCAAUGACUAUUUGAUUAAACUUGAUUUUGUCGAAAAGCGUGCUGUCAUCUCUGGGGUGGAUCUAUUAAAUUUUGGCACCAUAUAGACAUGUACUUCUGUAGUUGUUCAAACCUGUCUUCUUUUUUUCUGUCUUGAAUUACUUAUUCCUGAUAUCUCAAGAACCAACUAGUUCACUGGAAUAAUAGAGGAAAAAUGUAAUUAAUCAUUUGGCUAACUUGUCCUCAAGUUGAAUCCUGUAAAUUUAUAAAUAAAAGUCAACUGUUGCUGUUUUGAUUUGGGGUUUUGAUUUCUGUACUCCUUUUCUUGGAUUGUUUUGCAUACAUCCAGAUUGUUAAACACUGACAUCUGAAAGAAGUUAUAAUUAUUGAUAGAAUAAGGUGUGCCUUCAUUAGAUGUUAUGCCUUGGAGUAGUUGAAACUGUAAAGCUAUCCAGGUGCUGCUUUAUUCCUUGACGGUUCUUGAAAGUUUCUAAGGAGUUCAUCUUCAAUAAUCUAUAGUGCCCUUUACCAAAACCAGGGAAUGCUGAAAGAUGUGGUUGAAAGUAAAGAGUUCCCUCUGUCAGGUUAAUGAGGUUGUAGCUCCAUCCGAGCUAUCCUUGUUAAUCCUUGUUGGGAUUGGAUAUUUAAACCACUGCCAACAUCAAUUUUAUGCUCAUGUGCCUGAGGUGGCUGGAAAUCUAUGCAAUUAUGUGAUGUCAAAACAUUAUGUUUGUGAAGAUGGCUGAGCUUUGAGCAUCUUACGUAAGCACGAGUAUUUACUAUUUGUAUAUACUUAGUAUAUUAUACAAUUGACAGUAGUGUUGGUUGUACGCAAAAAGUGUUAAAAAAAUGGAUCAGAAGGGAAGUGUGCUUAUGCAAAGAUAUGAGCUUGGGAAAUUAUUAGGUCAAGGAACCUUUGCAAAGGUCUACCAUGCUAGGAACCUUAUAACUGGCAUGAGUGUGGCCAUUAAGAUAGUUGAUAAAGAAAAGGUUUUGAAAGUUGGAAUGGUAGAUCAGAUUAAGCGUGAAAUUUCUGUGAUGAGAUUAAUCAGACAUCCACAUGUGGUUGAGCUUUAUGAGGUAAUUGCCAGUAAAACCAAAAUUUACAUUGUCAUGGAGUAUGCAAAAGGUGGUGAGCUCUUUAACAAGGUAGUCAAAGGAAGGCUCAAGGUGGAUGUUGCUAGGAAAUAUUUUCAGCAACUGAUCAGUGCAGUUGACUACUGCCACAGCCGGGGGGUGUGUCAUCGAGAUUUAAAGCCCGAAAAUCUACUGUUGGAUGAAAAUGAGAAUUUGAAGGUUUCAGAUUUUGGGUUGAGUGCCCUUACUGAAUCUAAGAGGCAAGAUGGUUUGCUCCAUACUACAUGUGGAACCCCUGCCUAUGUUGCUCCAGAAGUAAUAAACAGAAAGGGUUAUGAUGGGAUGAAAGCUGAUAUAUGGUCAUGUGGGGUAAUCUUGUUUGUUCUAUUGGCUGGUCAUCUUCCAUUCCAUGACUCAAAUCUGAUGGAGAUGUACAGGAAAAUUGGUAAAGGGGAAUUCAAAUUUCCUAAAUGGUUUGCACCCGAUGUUCGCCGGUUAUUGUCCAGAAUACUUGAUACAAAUCCAAGGACCAGGAUAUCAAUGGCCAAGAUUAUGGAAAGUUCUUGGUUUAAAAAGGGGUUGCAGAAGCCUACUAUAAUUGCAACUGAAAACGAAGAACUAGCCACUCUGGAUGCUGCUGAUGGAGUAUUUGAAGCUUGUGAGAAUGGAGGUCCUAUUGCCGAGCCAAAGCAAGAACAGGCCAAGCCUAGUAACUUAAAUGCUUUUGAUAUUAUCUCCUUCUCAACUGGUUUUGAUCUAUCUGGUUUGUUUGAGGACACUGUUCUCAAGAAAGAGAUGCGAUUUACGUCGAAGAAGCCGGCCUCAGUCAUAAUCUCAAAGUUGGAAGAAAUUUGUAAGCGGCUUCGGUUGAGAGUAAGGAAGAAAGAUGGAGGUUUGUUCAAGUUGGAAGGUUCCAAGGAAGGCAGGAAAGGGUUUUUGGGUGUUGAUGCUGAGAUCUUUGAGAUCACACCACACUUCCAUAUGGUGGAACUUAGAAAGUGCAAUGGGGAUACCAUGGAGUACCAGAAGCUUUUCAAACAGGAUAUUAGACCAGCACUUCAAGACAUUGUUUGGACCUGGCAAGGAGAACAACCACAGCAACAUGAAGUAGUCCAGGAAGAAGACCAGCAGCAGCAGCAGCAGCCUACCCAUACUGCUUAGUGCAUGUUUGAAACCAAAUUUGCAAUGCGGAUCAUCACUCUCUUUUUAUGUUCCAACAGAAACAACAAAAAGUAACUUCUGCAUCAAUUGAACCUAUUGACGUGAUUUUAUGAUGUUGGUUCAAACACUCUUAGUUCAUGAUCCACAUUGCAUCACUUGGUUGUUUUAUGCUCUGUGCUUCUUUUGUCAUUGUCUUGGUUAAGUACUUAAUUUGAUGGGAUUCAUAGAAUAAUGUGGUUGGUUCAGUCUCCUCUUGUUUGAUGGAUACUUGAAUUUAAACCUUGUGUACCUAAAUUGCAAAUUUGCCCAAAUGGGUCUUUUAUUCCAUCCUUUUAGAUCAUUCUUAAUAUUUAGUUUGCUUUAUAUUGCUUCA